AUGGGUGCUAAUUCAAAGCUGCUGUUAAGUGUCAUUUUAAUCUGUGGACUGCUACUAUCAGAUUCUAGUCACACCGUUAAGGCCUCGGAGGAUGUUACCGAGCUAUCCACUCAGACGAAAAUAGCGCCCAAAAGGCUUCUAGUUUUGGAUACUAUGAGUUAUGCAAUUCCUCCACCAUCAUCUUCCUAUGAGUUUGCUGCUAAAUUCAAACUAGUACCAGAUAGGCUUCAUGAUUCAUCUCCGCCACCACCUCCACAACUUGGACAUCGUCUACAUCCCAGAAAUCCACCACCUACACCUAGCCCCGAACCCCAACCAGAAGUUCCUCCUCCACCGCCAUCACCGCCUCCACCAUCAGCACCACCGACAACGACAUAG